AUGUGGCGCCCUCUGCUGGACAACCACGGCAUGUUACACAGUCACGUGACUCAUGUCGAAAGUGAAAGUAUAAGCAGGCAGCGGAGAGACGACGGUGACGCACCUCUACAACAUGGACCCACAUGGAUCUGGCCCCGGGUCCAGACCUGGACCUGCUCCCAGCUCUGUGUCUCUGAAAAGUGGCCGGUCGAUGACUCCUCCUCUUGUGUUCAGAGAAGAUGGUCCUGA